UCCCCCCCUUCCCUAAUCUGCCUGUUUAAUCUGACGUCACCGUUUCCCCGGCAACGAUCCUUGACAGCUGUUUACCCAAGUGGCAUGGUAGGAAGGAUGUUAAUCCACUCAGCAUGAGCAACAGCGACUAGAUCACCUGAGGAGAAGAAGACAUGGGCUUGUUGUCCAUUCUUCGGAGGCUGAAGCAUUCUCCAGACCAUGAGGUGCGCCUGCUGCUGCUCGGACUGGACAACGCCGGCAAAACCACUCUGCUGAAGCAGCUGGCGGCUGAAGACAUCAGCCACAUCACGCCAACGCAAGGUUUUAACAUAAAGAGCAUGCAAGCUUCUGGCUUCAAGCUGAACGUUUGGGACAUUGGAGGGCAGCGCAAGAUCCGUCCUUACUGGAGGAAUUACUUUGACAACACAGAUGUGCUGAUCUAUGUCAUUGACAGCUCCGACAGGAAAAGGUUUGAAGAGACAAGUUUGGAGCUCGCCGAGUUGCUGGAGGAGGAGAAGCUAGCUGGCGUGCCGCUGCUAAUCUUUGCCAACAAACAGGACUUAAUGACAGCCAGUCCUGCAUCCGAGCUGGCAGAGAGUCUCAACCUGCACACUAUCAGAGACCGCAUGUGGCAGGUGCAGGCCUGCUCUGCACUCACUGCAGAGGGAGUUCAGGAUGGCAUGACGUGGGUGUGCAGAAACAUAAAGUUUCGGAAGAAAUAAUUCAGAAACCAAAGAACAUUUUAAGUGUGAAAAUCAUUUUUAUUUUCUAAUUUUUUCUCCUGAACAGAGAUAUGAACAACCUAAUGGACGUUUUUUGUUCUUCUUUUAAUUUUUUAUUACUUGCCACUGUUUUUAGUAAAAUCUGCUUUAGGAAGAAUUCUGUAAAUAAUCUAAACUGUCAUCCUAUCUGACACACAGAUGGUAACUUAACAUAUCAGUUUAAAAUAUGCUGCAAUUUAACUUGAAGUUUAUGUACUUAGUUUUUGUGUUUUUGUUUUGUUUUCCAAAGAUUCUGUUGAAAUGAAGUUGGUUUAGUUAUAUCUUUUGAACACUAGAGGGCGACCUCACUUCAGUUUUUUUUUUUGCAUCACAACUAACAAUCAAUUUCACAUCCUCUAUUUAGCAGUGGUUGCUUCCUCUGACUUAUUCUUUUGAUAAUUCUCUUCUAAUAGAAAUAAUUAAAGAAAAAAAAACACUUUUUAUUUUAUUAAUGUCAAUGGAUUUAAAGUCACAUCGCUCACAGAGGAGGCCCUAAUCAUCAACAGGACUUUAUGUGUUUUGUUCAUUCAUAUUCUUUAGUUCUUCUAUACAAAAGUCACCAAAAAUAUAGAACCAAUCUAAAACAAAGCUGGCAUCCUCUCCUGCAUUUUGACAUGAACCUAAAAUACUUUGUUCUUCCGAUUUCUACCGUGUUCAUCGCCAUUUCCCAGAAAGUCCUUUUGUUUUUUUUGUUUUUUUUUGCUGUAAAUUUGCUAAAAAUGCUCCUAAUCUGAACUGGAUGGAUGCACCACUUUGAUCAAAGAGGACAUUUACAUACAGGCCUUUUUCCAGGACUAAUAGCUCUCCAAUACAAUUUGCAUUUAUAUAGUCCCCUUCAUACCAACAUGAUUUGGCACCUUUGCCCAUGAUAAAAAUAAACCUCCUUCUUUGGCCUUGA